AUGGUGAUCCUGUCAGUGAUUCUGAGCAAACUUGUCCAGACUUCGACCAACGUCCUUGUGGUCAACCUCAGUGUGGCUGAUCUGUUGACAAGUUUGUCUAUACCUUGGUCCAGCGUGGCGAGGCUCAGCGGCGGCACCUGGCCACUAUCCACUGAGGUCCCCUGCCAAAUAGCGGCGUUCCUGUUUCACACCGGCCUGGGUGCCAGCCUCUACAACCUGGCUUUUAUCGCGCUCAACCGUAUGGUAAGGAUAACUCGCCCGCUGGCUACCUACAACAGGAUCUUCUCUCCCCGCAAGAUGCUGUGCAUUGUGGCCUUUUCCUGGCUCGUCCCAACCUUUGUCAUCGUGUUCCCUCUCACCAUUGGAGUCGGGGGCUUGGGCUAUGAUCUCCUACUUGACUCGUGCUCCGAUGACGACCUGCAUCCCCGUGCUGAUGAGUACAACCUCGCCCAGACCAUCGGAUUCUACCCUGUCCCCAUGACCACGGUCAUUAUCAGCUAUCUUGUCACCUAUGUUCACGUCAGGCGGCACUUCAAAAAAAAGCUUCCAAAAAGGAAUAACAAGAACACCUUAACCCCACACAACAGCACUGCUGGUAUGGCAUCAUCAGCGCCAACGGUUUCGGGAGAGGCUACAGCAGAACGCAGAGGCGAUCGCGAUGAAAGAUGCCGUAUCAGCCGACAACAGCUCAAGAUAACGAAAAACCUUUUCAUUGCAUUCUGCGCGUUCACGCUGUGCAUAUCCCCCUACCACGUCUCACUUUUCUUUUCGUCCAGCAUGGGGUUUGCAUUAUAUGGGGCCACAAUCCUGAUUCUGAAUAGCUGCGUCAACCCGAUCAUCUACGGGGCCAAACACCCUCAGUUUAAGAAAGUGCUCCGUCCGAUGCUACGCUGUAAGUGGGGGGAAAUACCUCAGCCGUCCAAGGCGCUUCAAGCGAUCCGGAGAGGUCAACAAGAGCGGACUGUGUGA